UUGCUAUCACAGCCCUAUGUGAAGCAACCAUGUCAACCGGCAGAAAGGAAUGACGAUAUUUUGAGGCUCAUUUUCCCAUUAAUCAAUGUGAUAUUCCGAUUCGAUCGUGAAAAGGACGUUGUGAAAGCUUUCAGGGGAUACAUUGCUAAUGGCAUGGUGCCAGCCGUUUGGGUGCAUGUGGUUAGCCAUCUGAUGUCGCACUGUUUUGCCAAAAGCAUCCUGGCGCCUGUAAUUAGAACGAUGAUUGUGAAGCUUAUAAUUGCUUAUCCAUUUCAUAUUUUGCACACUAUUCUCAUGUAUAAAUUCAAUGAGAAUCACUCGUAUAUCGUAGAGACGAUGCUAGAGGAGGCUGAACGUCGUAUUGCGGACAAAAUGGCGAGGUCCAGAUUCCAUGAAAUUGUGGAGGACAUGACCACAGCACAUGUGGCCUACAUACAGUUUGUAGCAGUGAAGAUCAGUGACCCGCGAUUUUUCAAAAAGCGUCAGCUACCGGAUAAUAAAGAUGUUCUGAAACGAGUGCCGCUUCCAAUCGUUGAUCAGAAGUUGGGCAUCGCGGGUGAUUACUCGGGUCAAGAUAUUGUCAUGUGGGGAACUAUGGAACGGAACGAAGACGUCCGACAGGACAGCCUCGUUGAGCAGCUUUUCUCAGUCGUCAAUGGGAUUCUAAAUCGUGGCGAACCUUCAGCCUUUCUUCGCACUUAUAAGCAAAUGUGGUAUAAUAGAAUUCUGCCAAGGAACAGUAUCGCUCAAAGAACUUGUUGCGGGAGCGAUCUUAGUCACGGGCUGCAUCUAAAAGAAGAGCCUUUUGAUAAAAAAGCACUCCAAGUCCGAACCAUGUUGAAGGACGCCGCAAAGACGCAAGUGAGCGAAGCAUCGAAGAUGUUCCGAGGAGCUUGCGCUGUUUUUAAGCCGGUCUUCAGGCACUUUUUCUAUGGGCAGCACAGCACGGUUCAAUCGUGGGCUCAUAUGAUUGACAAUUAUAGGCGGAGUCUGGCUCAAUGGAGUAUAGGUAUGAUUCUGGAGUACAGUAAAAGAACCCUACCAAUCCCUGAACGGGUCCCGUUCCGCCUCACGAGAGAUCUUUUGGAUCCGAUCCUGAUCGAAGGAACAGACGGGACGACUUGGAGAAGAUGCGGUCCGAGCAAUGCGGUAAUCCUUGGUCUAGCGUCAGUGUUGCUGCGAGAAACGAUUUCUAAUUUCGAAGAAGUUGAAUCAAGCGGAGGAGAACGUCCAUCGUUUGUCUCAGAAACUGCUAUUGCACGACUUCGCGACAAGUUGAACGGCACCGAUGACACCUUUGGAGUUCAGGAUGUUGAACAUCAGGUACAUAAAAUA